AAAGCAGGUGUUAUGAGGAAGGAGUGAAAGCAGAGAGGAAAGCAAAAGACAGUGAAGAAGUGUGUGAUAGAAAUGGCGUUGCUUUCCAAGGUAUCAUCCUCACUUCUACUAUCUCCCAAACGCACCAUCACCAACGCGUUUCUGCGUUCUCCUUCUCGUUCGUCCGCCACCACCGUCACAAAGAACAAGAACGCAAAAGCUGCGUUGGCCAAGGAGAAGCGCAGGACGCGUUCCGACAAGCAAUUCGCCCUAAAUGAGAUGACCACCAACUCCUCUCACAUUCCCGUCAUGCUCGCCGAGGUCCUCGACGUCUUCUCCGCCGCCCCCCUAACCUCCUUCGUCGACUGCACCCUCGGCGCCGCCGCCCACUCUGCCGCCGUCAUUAGGGCCCAUCCCGAGUUGAGCUUUUUCCUCGGAAUGGACGUCGACUCUGCCGCGCACCACCUCGCGCAGCCUCGCCUCGACGCCGUUUUAAGCGGCGCUGAGGUCAAAGCGGUCACCGUUUUGAGGAAUUUCAGACAUGUCAAGUCUGUGUUGAGAGAAAGCGGUGAGAUGCAAUUGGGGGUUGAUGGCAUCUUAAUGGACUUGGGAAUGUCCUCUAUGCAGGUGGACGAUCCUGCAAGAGGAUUCAGUGUGCUCAAUGAUGGACCCCUUGAUAUGCGGAUGGAUCCUCAGGCAAGUCUUAAAGCAGAAGACAUAUUAAAUUCCUGGCCAGAUUCUGAAGUGGGACGCAUCCUAAGGGAGUAUGGGGAAGAAAGUAAUUGGCGAACUCUGCAAAAGAAAAUUGUUGAUGCCCGGUUACAUGGCGGGUUGCAUUCGACAAGUGACUUGCUAGAUCUCGUUCGGCGUGUUACACCUCCAAUGAGAGGUGGAAGGCAAGGUUGGAUAAAGACAGCAACGCGGGUGUUUCAAGCUCUGAGAAUCGCUGUUAAUGAUGAACUGAAGACACUUGAGGAUUCCCUCUAUUCUUGUUUUGAUUGCCUUGCACCUGGGGGUAGGCUUGCUGUCAUAUCUUUUCAUAGUCUAGAGGACAGAAUUGUGAAGCAGACAUUUCUUGAUAUCAUUAAAGGGAGCGAAGAUGUGGACGGAAGGGAUUUGAAGAAGACUAGUGAUGAAAUCAAAGAAAAAGAAACAUGGAUAAAACAAGUAAUACAUGGAUCAAAUGGAAUAAUUCUCACAAAAAGACCAAUCACGCCGUCAGGAGAAGAAGAAAAACUGAACCGCAGAAGUAGAAGUGCAAAGCUUAGAGUUAUUCAGAAGCAUUGAAGUUAAAACAUGACAAUUGUUGUCUGGUGUAGAGCCCCUAGAAAUAUUUGUAUUCAGUCCUACAUUUCAACCUUUAGAGAAAAUAGUAUUCACAACUUUUCAUUAAAAGAAAAAAGAUCAAAGGCGAUCUGCACAUAGGUUGCAAAUUGCCUAAUGACUGUCUGUAUUUAUGAUUUCUAGCAAAUUAUUAACUAAAGAUUUAAAUUUAGUAA